UCGGUUACACACAAGAUGAAAAUCCUCGCGGUGUUUUUGGUUUUAUUCGGCUGUGCGUUUGCUAGAAAAUUGCCGUCGUUUAUCGAAGUGUGUAAACCAAAGGAAGUGGAUGUAUCCGAAUGCAUUACAAGAAAUGUAGAAAACUUGAGGUCGAAAUUAGCACUCAAAGAAGGUAUCCCACAGAUGGGCAUUCCCAGCAUCAAUCCUCUCAUUAUCCCAAUAGCAGACCUCAAAAUUGGAGAUCUCCAUGCGACGUUGAAAAACAUUAAAGUCUGGCAUGUACCUGAGUUUGUACUAGAAAACCUAAAAGUGGAUCUGGGAGACUCGAUUCGCGUGGAAUUGAAGGUAGUCUUCCACAAAAUUUUCGCAGAAGCAGAUUACGAUAUUAAAGGAAAAAUCCUCAUAUUAAAUUUAGAUGGAAGUGGACCUGGACAGAUUAACGUCACCGAAUUGGCAGCCACCGUUGUGGCAACUGGUAAAAAGGUAAUAAAAAAUGGAAAAUCAUUCCUGUCCCUAGACGAUUUUAAAAUUGAUCCUACCAUUGGUCGCUUGGAUUUGAAAUUUGAGAAUUUGUUCCCUAACAACCAGGAAUUGAGCGACAAUGCCAAUAAAGUAUUGAACGAUAAUCAAGAAGUCAUUGUAGAAGAAUUCGCUCCGCUCGUUAUCGAUAUCAUCAAGGAAUUAAUUUCAAGUAUCUUUAAAAACAUAUUUAGACGCUAUAGUUACGAUGUAUUGUUUCCAAGCGCUUAACGCCAGUUUUUCCUGUUAAAUUAAUUUUUUGUAAUAAAUUAUGUGUUUUCUUCCAGUAUUUGUUUUAUAAUUUAGGUUUUUAUUAAAUAUAUUUACUACAAA